UUAAAGAAUUUUCAGUCGGAAACUUUCUCACUUCUCAUAACCCAACACACACACACAACCCACCAAACCAAACAAAAUUUUCCUUUCCUGUCUCUCUUUCUAUGGACUUUCAUCUGAAGCAAUGGAGAGGCCAGCAGCAGCAGGGGAAGUCAGAUGUUACAGAACCAAACCACCAACAGCAGCAAUCCUCUGCUGUUUCCUCUACUUGUGCUGCUGCUAAAGCUCCCAAGAUACCAAAACUCGUCUUUGAAUCAUCCUAUCCAUAUUCUCAGUCUUCUUUCUCUAAUUCCACUUCUGCUGCUGGGUCUGCUACAACCACACUGCCCCUGUUUGUACCUGAAGAAGAAGGAAGGAGAGGAGGAGGAGGAGGAGGCCAGCAGCAAGAAGAAGAACAAGAACAAGAACAAGGCGGAGCUGGUCAUCAUCCUUUCACCAAACUCACCAACCUGUCAUCAGCAUUCCCUUCUUCAGAUCAUCACUCAGCUCCGUCCAGGCUUCCCAGGGACAACAGCAGCAACAUGGGGAGUUAUUUCAGCUGGGCACAGUGGCAGGAGCUGGAGCUGCAGGCGUUGAUAUACAGGUACAUGAUGGCAGGGGCCACCGUGCCUCCCGAGCUGCUUCAGCCCAUCAAGAAGAGCCUCCUCCUCCAUUCUUCCCCUUACUUCCUUCACUCCCACUUCCCUCCUCCUCAGUACCCUCCUUCUGCUGCCUUGUUGCACUCAGGGUACUGGGGAAGAGCGGCCAUGGAUCCGGAACCGGGCCGGUGCCGGAGGACUGACGGUAAGAAGUGGCGGUGCUCGAGAGACGUGGUGGCCGGUCAGAAGUACUGCGAGCGCCACAUGCACCGCGGCCGCAACCGUUCAAGAAAGCCUGUGGAAAUCCCCACCACUGCCACCUCCGCCACGGCCAACUCCACCGGUGACAUUUUCAAGACCACCUGCCCCAUCACGUCAGCAGGCGGCACCACUCUCUCGGCCAUGACCGGCGGCGGAGGGAGCCAUUUCUCUCUAUCAGGGUUUUCACCCUCAUCAUCCAUUGAUAUCUUCCACCUGAAUCAGAGUUACUCGUCGGAGGUGAAGCCUGAGAGCAGAGGUGGAGGGUUGUUUGGAGCCGAGAACCCGGCGGACAGCAGACCCGACGGGCACGUCCUGCGCCACUUCUUUGAUGACUGGCCCCGGUCACUCCAGGAGUCCGAUAAUACUGGUGGGACUGAUAACUCGUCCACUUGCCUAUCGAUAUCCGAUGUGUCCCUGAAGCUUUCCACCGGCAAUGGUGAUGAACCUAGUAGGAAUCCCGACCGUGAUCAUCAUCCGCCUAUGAGUACCUGGGCUGCAGGGUGGGGCUCGAAUCAUGUGGCGCCCAUGGGCGGGCCACUCGCUGAGGCACUGAGAUCGUCAUUGAAUGCUACCCACUCCUCCCCUACGAGCGUCCUACACCACUUGCCCCGAGGGUCGGCCUCAGAGGCCAGCUUUGUUAGUACCUGACGAUAUUGCCGUGCCUGGUUGACUGAUCCACAACCUGCUUUCUAUUUUCAUUUUAUAAAACCGCGGCGUCCUGUUUGUGCAAGCUGUCAAUUUAAAUUUCUGUGAUGAUAUUUUGUAUAAAUUCUGCCUGGUCGCAUCUCCGGUUAUUUUAAU